AUGUCCGGUUUGCCUCUACUCAGUGGACCCCCUCCGAACAUUAGCAAUAGCCCAGAGGAUGUCGCAUGCAGGAAAUGCAACAAAGAAUUCAACUUCCUAUUCACUCGUCCGAGGAGGUGCAACCAUUGUGGCUACACUUAUUGUCAUAAUUGCACAGAUUACCAGGCCUUGAUGCCUCGAUCUUCUGGUCCUGGGGAUUCUGGAUACGAUCCGAUGAAUGUUUGCGCGUUUUGCAUCGAGUAUCUCCCAAUCACUGCGGCGGGGCGGGGACAAUUGAGAUCUUUACCUCUAUCCAAACUGAAGAAAUAUGCAGGAGCUUAUAAUAUCCCGAUCGAUGGGGCAGUUGAAAAGGACGAUGUGAUCAACACACUCUUCGCUAUCCGAGGGGGGAAUGGAUGUCUUCCGCCCGCAAAUGAGGCAUUUUAUCGCGCGCAUUCAGUACCAAAUAGAAGUUCUGCUCGGCCUCGAGGGUUGUUCUCUUCACGACCAGAGCCACAACCUAAUCUACCUCCAAGACCACAGAUUCCACCUUCACGAACGGAGUUUUCUCGACCAGAUCUGGAACCUCAGCCGCCUCAUCGCCCGCCUCCUAAUUAUGAGACGCGGCCUCCGAAUUCCCCUCCAAGGAACGCGAAUCAUCAUGCACAACUACCACCUUGGGGUAAUCAUCCUCAGUACACACCACCGCCCCCGCCUCCACACCCUCAGUACGCAACAUAUACUCGUCCGCAAACGACGCCUCCGCGACCGCCGUCUUCUUCGAGACCACCUCCGUCGACCACAACGCGGCCACCGCCACCUCCAUCAAUUUCCCGACCCACGGCCUCAUCGCCCGCACCACCUCCACCUCCACCUCCGUCUUUGGAUGAGCUUCUAAAUAUGUCAGAGCGAAAUAUUUCCUCCCUUCCCAUAAGUUCCCUCAAGCAAAUCCUAUUUUUGAAUCACGUCAAUGCCACAAACAUGAUGAUUUUGGAAAAGUCGGAUUUAGUUAAGAGAGUCGUUGAACUGGUCGAGGUUGAGAGGGGAGAAAGGGAAGAGAGAGAGGCAAGAGAAAGAGAGGAGAGAGAGGAGGAGGAGAGAUUGAUUAGAGAGGUAAGAAAACGGGAAGAAUCUGAAAAACGAGCUCGAGAAGAGGCAGAGCGGAGGUCUAGGGAUGGUCAACAAACGAAUGCAACAACAGAUCGGCGAGCUCGAGUUGAAGACGCGCCGGAAGAAGAUGAAUCGGUACACUCGUCCAUCCCGCAAGAAGAAAUUGAUAUUCUACCUCCUGCGUCUGAUCGGGAAUCGCCUCCAACACUAUCACCGACAAUCUCUACGACAGAACCAAGCGUGGCAAAGCCUCCGACGAGACUAACCGCGAAAGCUCACGAACGCAACAGCGGACUUUGUGUGAUUUGUCAAGACGAAGAUGCCAAUAUCGCCAUUGUCGAUUGCGGGUGA